AUGAUGGAGGAGGUGAAAAUCUGGGCUCGAGAUUUUGUUGAUUGCAUCAAGGAACUGAUGGGAAACAUGACAUUUCAGGGACAUAUGAGCUAUGCACAUGAAAAGGUUACUCAUCAUGAUAUGCAAAAGUACUCAGAGAUGUGCACAAGUGAGUGGUGGUGGAAGAUGCAGGUACAUGCUUCAUAA